AUGAAACCUCUUCAGUUCCUUAUUCUUCUGGCCCUUGUUCUUUUCGUUUCCGCGGUUGCAAGGGAGAACAGUAUGCCCGGAGGAUGGAGCCCCAUCAAGAACAUCAACGACCCUCACGUAACGGAGAUCGCAGAUUACGCGGUUACUGAGUAUGAUAAGCGAUCCGGUCAGAAACUGAAGUUGGAGAAGGUGAUAAAGGGUGACACUCAGGUAGUCGCAGGGCUCAACUACCGCUUCAUCCUCACCGCCACCGACGGUUCCUCCUCCGGCAAUUACGAAGCAAUUGUAUGGGAGAAAGUGUGGGAGCAUUUCAGGAACCUCACUUCCUUUACUCCCGUUCAUGCUUAA